AUGAAUUUGAUUCGAACACAUGAGGAGAAUGUCAUUCUGAAGUGCCAUCGGCUAUUCCAGCAAUUCGCUGUUGACAUGUAUGUCAAAGUCGAGACCGAACGUUUAGCGUUCAUCCGAUUCAAUCAGGCAAAGCUACGAUCUGAGUACUAUAUACACUUGCGUGAUGCUAUUCAUUCAGAUGGUGAUGUUCAGAAUAUUGGACGUCUGACGAUUCUCCCAUCAUCUUAUAUCGGAAGCCCACGCCACAUGCACGAAUACGCUCAAGACGCUAUGACGUACGUGCGAAAUUAUGGAACUCCGGAUUUAUUUAUUACGUUCACAUGCAAUCCGAAGUGGACGGAAAUUGAACGUGAGUCGGAACCGGGCCAAAAACCGCAAGAUCCCCAUGACAUAAUCGCCAGAGUAUUUCAGCAAAAACUCAAGGCUAUGAUGGAUGUGCUUACUAAGUAUCGAGUUUUUGGUGACACACGUUGUUAUAUGUACUCGGUGAAAUGGCAGAAGCGUGGACUACCGCAUGCUCAUAUCCUAAUUUGGUUGCUAAACAAAUUACAUUCAAAUGAAGUGGAUGACAUCAUAUCAGCUGAAAUUCCUGAUUCAGUCACUGAUCCCCAUCUACACGACAUUGUGACGACACAGAUGGUGCAUGGACCGUGCGGUGCAUUAAAUCCAUUAUCGCCUUGCAUGGCUGAUGGAAAGUGCACAAAACGAUAUCCGCGACCGUUAGUUGCUGAAACAGUCACAGGGAACGAUGGAUAUCCAGUUUAUCGUCGGCGUUCAAAAGAAGAUAAUGGUCGAACUAUCAAAGCUAAAGUUCAAAAUCAAGAGAUUGAAAUCGGAAAUGAAUUCAUUGUACCAUAUUGCCCGCUGCUAUCACGAAUUUUCGAAACACAUGCAAACGUUGAGAGUUGUCAUUCGCCCAAAUCAAUCAAAUAUUUGUGCACGUACGUCACAAAAGCCAGCGACAUGGCUGUGUUUGGUAUUGUGUCGGAAAAUGCGAUUGACGAAAUCAGCAACUUCCAAAUGGGCAGAUACGUCAGUACUAAUGAAACACUGUGGCGAUUAUUAACAUUUCAAAUUCAUGAAAGAUAUCCCACAGUUGUACAUUUAGCAGUGCAUUUGGAAAAUGGCCAGAGAGUUUACUUCACUGAGGCUAAUGCAGCACAACGAGCUGAGAGACCACCAUCGACAAUAUUGACUAGCUUCUUUGCAAUGUGUGAAGCAGAUCCAUUCGCAGCGACGCUGAUGUACGUUGAAAUGCCCAAGUAUUACACUUGGAAUCAAUCGACAAAGAAAUUCCAACGUCGCAAACAAAGAACCCCAGUUUCAGAUUGGCACUUCCACUGA